GAACCCCGAUACCUUCUUGCUUCAGACACCAACUUCUCUCAUUAACAUGACCAACUAUGAAUCUCGGCUUUCCAGCUCAAACGCUUGGGUGGAUCCCCAUUCGUUGCCCAAAUACGGCGAUGCUUCUGACAUUGCCGGAAACGCGCCGGAUUAUGUGAAACAACUCACGAACAAUGUGCUCGGUGCAUAUGGUGUAGGCGAACCGAGUUGCUUUGCUCACGACGUUGGGAAAAAAAUCAAGAUGGUGGAACUUGACAUCCAUAGACGAGGAGAAAAGUGGCAGGCAACGGCAACCGUUGAUUUGACUGUCUCUCCUAGCAUGUUGAAUGGCGCAGGCGUAAUGCAUGGUGGUGCGCUAUGCUAUGUCAUCGACAAUUGCGCUUCCCUUCCUCUGGUGGCUCUUGGCUUAAUGCAGGGCACCAAUGGCGUGGGCGUGAGCCAGGUUCUCAACGUCUUCUUCCACGCACCGGCUGCACUCGGGUCGAGUCUACGUAUCAUCAACACAUCUGUCACAUUGGGUGGCCGUGUCAUGACGUCCAAGUGCGAGAUUCUCGAGAAAUCCUCUGAGAAACUGAUAGCGUCGGCUCUUUUGAGCAAAAUGCAACCGGCACAGAGUAAAUUAUGAUCAUAUGCGUGUAGUCGCGGUUUGGAUUGUUCGCUUAUGAUGCGUACAACUCAGCGGCGGAGUUCCCUUCUUCCUUUUCAGAAUUUUACCUUUUUUAAUUCUCAUGAGAUCAAGCCUCCUGGGAAGGUGAACACAUUCAUUCCUCAUGAUACUGGCUUCUCCACUUUACACAAUGAAAUACUGCUGUCACAAUCUAAUAUCCAGAUGUUCAAGCCUAUUCUCC